CCAAGUGGGUUGAGCUGUUGAAAAGGAAUAGUGAUCGGUAACAGGCUUUGAGGAUAAAUCAGGCCAUCAUAAUCAAAAGCAAACAACUUACAACGAUGUAUUAGGCAGCUUUUCCAACCCAAUAAUGAAAAUAAAUGGUCUUUGGAGUUUGGAUGUACGUAUUUGGGCUCCUCAACUUUGAAUUCAGGGUCCAAGUUGAAGUCCAGCUUUUCUAAGUGGGCUGUCUUGAAAUACACGCCCAAUGGGCUUAAUUUGAGAAGCCCUAUACUCAAAAUAAGUCCAACCAUUUCUUUCUUAUUUCCGAAGAGUGGUCAGAUUCCGACACUGAUCAAACGAAAAUAUUUCCGUUGUCUUCGGCGUGACAUUCACCGGGAAAUCGCGCCACCUUGAGAAAACGAGAAGCGGUUUAAAGAAUACUCCGGCCAAAAGAUGACGGACGAUCAGGUCAUCGAUAUGCUCGAGGAUACUUUCCUGGACGCCACGAGGUGCCAGCUCGAGACGCUGAGCACCAUCCUCGAGCGUAACGGCGGCGUCAGUUAUCUCCAGCCGUACCUCCGUGGCUACAGUGCACCUUUGGACGCCGCCACCUUCCGCAGCGUCGUCCCACUCUCAUGCUAUGAUGACUACGCCAAUCACAUAAGCAAGCUCGCUGAUGGCGUUUUAGAAGACGAUCAUGGUCAACCCCGGCUCUCCGUUGACCCGCUCCUCUGUUUCUUCUACAGUUCAGGGACAAGUUCCAUGAAGCCAAAACUAAUUCCUUGUUUCGAUUCAAAGCCUGGAAGAGCAGUCUCUUCUUUAGCUCAUCAGGGCAGUGCUGCAAUUCUUAAAAGGUCCUUCCCACCCAGAUCAUCAGCAAAUAAGGUUUUGGGAUUCUUGUAUGCAGGUAAUGUAACACACACAAAAGGAGGAUUCAUGGCAAUGGCUGCCACUGCAUUCCCUUUGUACAGCAACAAUCCAAACGCAUCGAGGUUCCUGUCCGGUUAUGUCAGCCCGAAAGAGGUUUUUCUAGGCACAGAUGUUAAACAGCAAAUGUACUGUCACCUUCUUUGUGGACUUAGACAUUUCGAUUUAAUAGAUGGUAUUAGAGCACCAUAUGCUGCUGGCUUGAUCAAAGCUUUUGUCCUUCUUGAAACACAUUGGAAGAAGCUGUCUGAGGAUCUGGAAAAUGGGCUACCAAGUUCAGAAGUUAGUGAUCCUGCAAUGAGGCAGUCUGUUAUUGAGAUUCUCGGAGGGCCUCGACCAGAUUUGUCUGAGAGAGUUCGACUAAUUUGUGAAGAAACAUCAUGGGGAGGGAUACUGGGUAAGCUAUGGCCUAAUGCCCGCUAUGUCAAGUCUGUCACCUCAGGAAGCAUGGUUCAGUACUAUCCAAAGCUCAAACACUAUGCAGGGAAGAUAUCGAUAUUAGGUUCGGACUACUUUGCAUCAGAGUGCUGUGUUGCUAUCAACUUGGAUAUAGUACAGCCGCCGGAGCGCACCAGCUAUGUGAUCCUCCCAACUGCAGCUUAUUUUGAGUUUCUUCCAUAUGAUGUCGAGAGAUCUUGUGUGAAAGAUGAACAAACUGUUGAGCUCUCUGGUUUAGAGGUGGGGAAGUUGUAUGAGUUGGUCGUGACGACUUUUAGAGGACUGUAUCGUCUCCGUUUGGGUGAUAUUGUGAAAGUUGUCGGUUUCCAUCACACGUCCCCACAAAUCGAAUUUGUCAUGAGGGCUCCAAAAAAUUCUGCCGAAAUAAUUACUGAAAAGGAUCUGUUGUCUUCCAUGGGAAGUUUUCAGCUUCUGCUGAGAGACGAGUUGGCUGCAGAAGUUUUGGAAUUUUCAAGCUUCAUGGACUUGGAAUCAGAACAGAAGAAGUUGAAGAUUUUCAUUGAAGUGAAAGACGAGUCCACUCUAUUGCAGAAUGACAAAUUUACAAAAUCAAUUGAUGCUCUAAGAAAGUGUUGCUCAGUUCUUGAGGAUGGUUUGGGCGUCAUAUAUCAGGUUAUGAAGGCAAGAGGAGAAGUUGGCCCUUUGUCAGUGUCGAUCGUAAAGCCUGGUACUUUUGAUGGGUUGCUUGAUGAAGCCAUAAAGAAUGGGGCACCAGCAAGCCAAUACAAACCUCCCAAGAUUGUUAGAAACUGUAAACUUGUCGAUUACUUGGAAUCGUCUGCUGUUCUCUCUUUGUAACUUCAGUCAUCCCAUGUUUAACAUAUUUAUGAUUCCGAGAAUAACAUGAUUAUUAUAGUGAAAAAGUUGAUGACUUGUUCUUUAAAAUAGUGAAAUACAUUGACCAUCCCCAGCCAACCAUGAGUACUUUGUAUCCUAAUUCAUCAAUAAUGAAAUUGCCAGUGCUUACAGAGUACCUUAUGCGUCCAGGUACAGUCACAUAAUCAAUGCAUGCUUUGCAACUAAUUCUGACAGCAACAAGGUGUACCUUUCAAAGCAUGCAUCUCUCACAAUGUUGAAUGGUUGCAGAAAGAAUCUAAUGAAAAGAUGUCUGCCAAGAGAUGCUCCUCAAGCUUUUCAUGAAGUGUUAAUUGCUGCCUGUAUCUGUUCCAGGGUCCUUCCUUUGGUUUCAGGUACCA